AUGGCCUCGCUCGAAGCUGCCAUCGAUGAGGAGAUGAGAGAGGUUGUAAAACUCCUCGAGGGCAACCAGAAGCCCGGAGGACGACGCGCAGAAAGCCCAACCGCACGCGCGCAAAGCCCCAACCCACUUGCUUCGCCGGUUCGCAGCAUGUUAGACGUUGAUUCGGGUCCGCGUAGGAGCUCGAGCCGUGGGAGCACUGGUAUUCCCUUUGCCAUGCCCUCAUCGCCUCGCAGAGUGAACCCCGAGUCGGCAUACAAGUUUGAAAUGCUGCCUUCAAUCGACGCGCAUGCUAUGCCCAAGAGAGUGUCGCAAGGUGGCAAGCUCGAUGCUUCUGCAAAACCUCGCGCUAUGUCAACUGUCUACGGCAGCUCGGCUGGCUUUCUGGGCUCCUCAAACUCAAGGGACCGACACAACUCGCUAAAUGGCCCUCUGGGUCGGUCAAAAUCUGGGUCUCCAGGCCCUCGUAGAUCUGCUUCUCCAGCAACGCGCAUGCUAAGCCCGCCCCCGCCUACUUCGACUUCGAACAACAGCCUUGUGACCGAUUCAGGCAAGCGCAUCGACAUGGAUACGGCGUACCGAAAACUUUCCGACUCUGCUUUGGCCCGAUCCGAGGGUGGGCUUUCUUCACUUCCCAACCGCAAAGGCUCUGAUCCUAUCAAAGGCACGUCGACUGCCCCAGGUGGAGGUGUCCGUCUAGCCACAGACGACGACGGCGAAGACAGCGCUGCUGUAGAGAGCAGCGAAAAUGGCUCUGAUAGUUCAGAGUGGGAGGAUGGGUGGAACGGGACCAACAAACGAGAACGCGGCAGGCAGCGAUCUAGGAAAACUUCUGGAGGCACAGACAGCAUGGGAAGAGAAAUUAUUACAGCUAAGAGCUUGUUGGCCGCAGCAGAGCAAGAACGAAGGGAUGUUGCUGUUUCCUACAAAGUGCGGUCAUUGCUCGAGCCCUCCAUAAACGUCCUUGGUCCAAAUGGCGAAAGAAUGUCUAGAAGAAACUCAUCGGGCGUCGUACACCCCCACACUAGUUUCGACCAGGGAGGCUCUGGCUUUUCUACGCCAGUUCACUCCGACCACGAGGAUGAGCUCGCUGAAAUCAAAUCAGCUCAACAACUUUCACUGAAUAUUUCACCUAUUCAAUCAAGCCCAGAAGCUCAUCGCUGUGUUCGACAGAUUAUUAGGGGUAACUACAUCCAGUUUGCCGAAGAUGCUACCAAAGGAUUGAGGAGACAGCGAGUAUACCUCGUGUCGACCGAUCUCAGUGAUGAGGCUGCAUACGCCUUGGAGUGGACAAUCGGCACGGUUUUACGAGAUGGCGAUACCCUCCUUGCUGUCUAUGCUGUGGACGAGGAGACUGGCGUCGCAACGACUGAUGCUUCUGGGGCACCUAUCAGCCAAGGUACCACUGGGCGACAGGAAUCAGACCAUCUUAAGAGGACUCUGUCCAACCAUGACGGUCUGACACAAACAAGGCCCGGGUUCUCAGCAUUGUCAAACUCAAUCAUGGCCACUGAAGCCAACGUGGGUGCCAUGGGCAAGGCUGAGAAAGACAGAUAUCAGGCAUGUGUAGAGGUUUCCGACCGAUGUGUCAAGUUGCUGCGAAAGACUCGUCUACAAGUGCGUGCUGUGGUCGAGGUGUUCCACUGCAAGAGCCCCAAGCACAUGAUUACUGAAGUGAUUGAUUUCUUGGAGCCAACUCUUGUGAUUCUUGGUUCUCGAGGGCGGAACGCUCUCAAAGGUGUCCUACUCGGGUCGUUCAGUAAUUACUUAGUCACCAAGUCAUCGGUGCCGGUUAUGGUCGCACGGAAACGGCUCCGGAAACACAGCAAAUACAAGCGGCAAAACGUGCGGAUGUCCAAUGUUAUCCAAGGCUCCAAUGACCGACUUGCGAAUGCGAAGAUUGAUUAA